AUGAUGAAAAGCCAGGUGGUUGACUGCGUGCCUUUUCUCAUGCAGCCAGGAUUGCUUUGGGCCUCGGACUCGGAGAAACAACUGGCCAUGGACGUGGAUGCAGAGCAGAGCACGGGCGACGAAGGAAUGGAUGAGUACGGAUGCAAAGCAGACGAAAUCCCGCUGCCCCGGCCUAACACGAAGGCACUGGAGGAUGGCCUUGCCGAGGUCUUCCGCAAGACGGCCAAAUCACGGGACCCAAGUGCCCCCUCAAAGAGCGAUGGCUACCAUUACUCACUGACCCCAACGUACUACAAUGUUUCGUCGGACAAGGUGCACGUCAUCGCUGGCGUGGGCCCGGGCAUCGCCCCGAUACCCGUCGUCCCCCCGACCGGCGAUCACACCCUCAAUCAGCUUUGGUGGAUAACCCGGGCAUCGCCCCCGAUACCCGUCGUCCCCCCGACCGGCGAUCACACCCUCAAUCAGCUUUGGUGGAUAAGUCCGCCAUUGAAAGGGCACAACAGUACAUACGACAGAAACGGGUAUUCUAACUCAUUCGUGUCUUUGGAGACUGGCUGGAUGCGAGCGGGGACAGCACGGUCUGGGUCGUCGAGUUCCAGCAUCACCACGAUCUUCGUCUUCUCGACCCCGGACACAUACACAGAUGGGUGCUCAGAUGGGCGUUGGGGCCGUUACGAUCAUUGGGGUGGCUUUAUCGUCUCAAAAUCUCCUGCGGCAAAAGCAUUGUCUCCCGGGCUGGAGCGCGAGGAGGUCAGUUUCAAGUUUGAGUACAAGAGGCACAGCAGCCACGUGGAGCUCAAGCUCACGCCGUUCCAGGUGAACAACAACUCGGCGCCGGUGUUCGGGAAAGAGGUGCACGUUGGGCACUACCCGAUCAACAGCGAUCGGUAUUGCUGGGGCUUCCCAACGGACGGUGAUUGGAGCCUUCAGGUUGGCCUGGAAAUGGAGGCAAAUUAUUUCCCAGAAAGUGGUGAGCAGACCGUCUCGGGAAAGAUCUACAGUUGGGGUCCCGGGGACGACGAGUGGCAGAUCCACGACAUGUUCAGCGGCCCGGACUACUUUCACAACAACUACAGCACCUACUCGCAGAAUCCGGAAAAGUGGGCAGUGACCUUUUCCGGAACAUAUACGGGCCAGAAAGCCCGAGUCACCCGGAUUUCGGGCAAAGACACGCAAGUCACGCAAGCCUAA